GUAUCUAUAAAUUUUUCCUAAAAAAUGAGUGAAACAAGAUUCACAGAUGUUAAACUAGGACCACCUAUUGAAGUAUUUGCCCUUCAAAAGUCCUUCGUUGAUGAUCCUCACGAAAACAAAUGUAGCUUGACAAUCGGCGCGUAUAGAACAAGUGAAGGCAAACCUUGGGUUCUGCCAGUGGUACGAAAAGUGGAAAAAUCUCUGGCUUCGGAUGAACUGCAAAAUCAUGAGUACCUGCCAGUUUUAGGACUGGAAGCUUUUAGUCAAGCAGCAGUCAAUAUUCUUUUGGGCCCAAAUUCUCCCAUUGUUCUCCAGGGUAAAGCAUUUGGUGUUCAGAGUCUCUCUGGCACAGGAGCUUUGCGAGUCGGCGCUGAUUUCCUCGCUCGCAUUCUUCACUACGAUACAUUUUACUACAGCACACCAACGUGGGAGAAUCACAAAUUGAUUUUCACCAAUGCCGGAUUCAAGAAAGCUUGUGAAUAUCGUUACUGGCAUCCUGAGACUCGUGGAGUCGACAUCGAAGGAAUGCUUCAAGAUCUUCGAGAUGCACCCGCGAACGCAGUCAUAAUCCUUCAUGCUUGUGCUCACAAUCCCACCGGCUGUGACCCCACGCCUGAACAAUGGAAAAGAAUAGCCGAUGUGAUUGAAGAGAAAAAACUCUUCACCUUUUUCGACAGCGCUUACCAAGGCUUUGCAAGCGGCGACCUUGAUCGCGAUGCUUACGCAGUUCGCCUCUUUGCUGAGAGGGGUAUGGAAUUUUUGUGCGCUCAAAGUUUCGCUAAGAAUUUCGGUCUCUAUAACGAAAGAGCUGGCAAUCUCGUCGUUGUUAUGAACAAUACCAAACAAAUUGUUCAGGUCAAGUCACAGUUGACUCUCAUCGUUCGUGGAAUGUACAGCAAUCCACCGAAUCAUGGAGCUCGCAUCGUGGCAACAGUUUUGAACAAUCCUGAUCUGUUUGCUGAAUGGAAGGGUCAUAUCCGCGUAAUGUCUUCCAGAAUAAAAGCCAUGCGAGCUAGUCUUUACGAAAAAUUACAAGAAUUAGGAACUCCUGGAUCUUGGGAGCACAUUACAUCUCAAAUCGGAAUGUUUUCUUAUACUGGAUUGACCGAGAGACAAGUAGAACAUUUGAGAGAACACUUCCACAUUUAUAUGCUGCGCAGUGGAAGAAUAAAUAUGUGUGGAUUAAAUGAAAAGAAUAUGGAUUACGUUGCAAAAGCAUUUCACGAAACAAUUCUCAAGUUUCCAUCCUCGUAGAAGGUUCGUAAGGAUUUAUCAUUCGUGCGAAACGCCUGAAUGAUGAAUUGUUAAGGAUUCUCAACUCCGAAUUGGUAGAUCACAGCUAGACUACAUAUAUAAUUAGUUCAAACGAUCACGAAACAAAAAUCAAGAAAUCGAACAACCCGGAAGAACCUCAGUAGAUUCUCGGGCAACAUAACUACCUCAAACCAACGAAACACGAGGUUUUUCAAGAAUUAAUCAAGUUCAAAGCGUACUUUACAUACGUACACGACAAUGACGAUAUCUCAAGUACAGAUGAUCAUUCUUUUAUUGACCGAUGACCAACUCUAGAGUGGUAUGAUUGAAUCCGUUAUCUAUCUCUUUGUUUUGUGUUUUUAGUGUCAAAUUGACUUGCAAUGAAUCCAGCUAAUUUUUGUGCCAAAAUAAAUCGUACUACUUACAACAUUCACAAUCGGUUGUAGCAAGCUCCGUAAAUUCAAUGCAAGUAAACGAAAUUAGUAUUUAUGCUCGCGUAUACAUUACAGAGAGCGAUCACAAUCCGGACGCAUUUUGACGAAGAACGAAAAAUAUGUUCAAAACUGCCAGACGAAUAGCAACGCGUGAUCGCUUUCACUUUAAAAUUUAAACAUUUCCACUAUUCAUAUGAUACUGUCAUAAAUGUACUGCAUCUCGUGUAAAGCUGAAGCUAAAAAUUAUCUAAUUUUUCAAGAAGUGCUCUGAAAGUACUAAAAUUUUGCCUGUUUCCGGAGGAAAGAUAUUUUUUAUUUGAAAACGUAAAAAUAAAAUGGAUUCAGCCAAAUAA